GGUCCACGUGCAGUGGAGAACCGGGAGUUUGGAAGCAUAGGAAGUGGAUCCUGGGGCCCGUGAACAGGUUGAUCCCGAGCCACAAACAAAACUGCUGUGACCUCGAGGACUGUUGAGAGCGCAGCUGCCUCUCGCCCCACCCAAGCUGUGCCCCAUGGAGUCUGCGUUCAGCAGCCCCGCACAAGAGGCCCUUCAGCGGGAGGCGGGCGUCCCAGGACUGUUCACCCCUCCCGAAGAUCUCGACCGAGUGUACGAGCUGGAGCGAGUCACGAAAUUUAUCUGCGACUUAGGGUGUCAGCGGGUGGCCUUACAGUUCCCUGACCAGUUACUGGGAGAUGCGGGAGCGGUGGCUGCGCGGCUGGAGGAAGUCACAGGAUCUAAGAUGUUCAUUUUAGGGGACACGGCCUAUGGCAGCUGCUGUGUGGAUGUACUGGGUGCAGAGCAGGCUGGAGCUCAAGCCCUUGUCCACUUCGGUCCUGCCUGCUUAAGCCCCCCUGCCAGCCUGCUGCCCGUCAUCUUCGUCUUUGGUCAGCGUUCUGUUGCCUUAGAGCUCUGUGCAAAGGCCUUUGAAGCCCAGAACCCAGAUCCCACAGCACCGGUGGUACUGCUGAGUGAGCCAGCUUGUGCCCAUGCCCUAGAGGCUUUGGCCACACUCCUGCGCCCAAAGUACCAAGAUCUGCUCAUCUCCAGCCCGGCUCUUCCCCUACCAGUGGGGUCCCCAAGUUCACAGCCUGAGCCCCUGGAGCGUUUUGGACGACGCUUCCCUCUGAGCCCAGGAAGGUGUCUGGAAGAAUAUGGUGCCUUCUAUGUGGGAGGUUCUCAAGCCGGCUCUGACCCCCUCCUCGAUCCGGAUCUGAGCAGGCUGCUCUUGGGGUGGACACCAGGACGACCCUUCAUUUCCUGCUGCCCAGACACAGGACAAACACAAGACCAGGGUGCCCAGGCUAGGCGACUAAGAGCACGGAGACUGUACCUUGUCGAGAGGGCCAGAGAUGCCCGUGUAGUAGGGCUGCUGGCGGGCACAUUGGGUGUAGCUCAGCACCUCGAGGCACUGGCUCACCUGCAGGGACUGACCCAGGCCGCUGGGAAGCGUAGCUAUGUAUUGGCCCUGGGGAGGCCCACGCCUGCUAAGCUUGCCAACUUCCCUGAGAUGGACAUCUUUGUGCUUUUGGCCUGUCCUCUAGGAGCCCUAGCCCCCCAGCCUGCAGGUGGCUUCUUGCGGCCUGUAUUGACACCAUGUGAAUUGGAGGCUGCCUGUAACCCUGCCUGGCCACCUCCAGGCCUGGCUCCCCACCUCACACACUAUGCAGAGCUAUUGCCUGGCUCUCCCUUCCAUGUGCCUCUCCCACCACCUGAGUCAGAGUUGUGGGACACCCCAGACGUGUCACUCGUUUCUGGGGACCUCCGACCACCACCAUCUUGGAAGGCAUCACAUGACACUGGAUGUUCCGCCCUAACUCCAAGGCCCCAGCUGGAGCUGGCCGAGAGCAGCCCUGCAGCUUCGUUCCUUAGUUCCCGGAGCUGGCAGGGGUUGGAGCCCCGCCUGGGCCAGAUGCCAGUGAAAGAAGCUGUCAGGGGAAGACGGGGUAUUGCCAUUGCCUAUGAGGACGAGGGCAGCAGCUGACACCGUUGGUGGCCAGUCACAGAGGGACACGCCUACAGACAUGUGCUCCCUGACCCAGCGUCUCGUCCUCUCACAGUGACUCUUGAAGGACCCCGGACUUUCUUGCAGGAAGCUCCUCCCUGAGGUGCUGCCUAGCCUGCCCUGGCUCUGCCUCAGCACGCAUCGGUACAAUAUAAAUGCCUGUUUGACUGGUGGGGGGGAAGUUCCAGGGCUUUCCUGGGCCCAUCUGUUAGCUAUUGGUGAAAUUAUUCAUGGCUACCCACUACAGUCAGCAGCCUGGGCCUGGGGCUGACCCCAGUCCCUGGUGUGCAGCUGUAGUUCUGCCCUUGCUCAGGGGCAGGAGUUGGAUGAUCCAGACCAGGGUUCUUCCACCUCAGCACUGUUGACACCCUGGGCAGAGUAGUUCUGUACUGCAGAGGCUAUUCUGUAUGUGGUGGGCUGUUUAGCUUGAGCGGGAGCACCCCCACCCCAAGCUCAAGCUACGACAACCCAGAUUAUCUCCCGAUGUCACUGCUUCUCAUUGAGAACCACUUAGACCCACACUAAGACAGUAUUCAUUCGACACAUGGCUUUUGCAGUUUUAAAGUGGAGGAAAAACUCAGUUUCUCAGUUACACUGAUCACAUAAAGCGCUCACACAUGGCUACAUGUGGGACAAUUCUGUCAUAGUACAAAGCUCUGUGGGACAGUGUUGGGCUAUGCUGACUCAGACAUGUCUCUGGGGGGCACCAAAGAAACUGAAAUAAACUGAAUACUUUUC